AGGGGAGGGGAAAGGAUCAACUACCCAGGAUGCUUUGUUAGGAGGAGUAAGUGAAUUUGAUUGUCGUCAGAACUAGAUUGCCAUAUGAGUUCUGAAAAGCGUUUGGCUCCUGAGGAUAACUGUUCUAAAAAUAGAUUCGGAGGACAGGUUUCUCUUGGGUCCAGUUUCGGGUUCCAGCUGAGCUGGCUUUAGGAAACUUGUUUGCUCCUGUUGCAAGACUACAGUGAGGAUAAAUUGCUUCUUAUUCUGCCUUCAACAUUAAUUUUUGGAGAUAUCGACACACUCGCUCUGUCUGGAAAUCGAGCACUAAUGUUAUGGCUGACGACACAGAGACUAAGCAUGGAGGAAGCAAGAAUGGAAAGAAAGAAGGCCUCUCUGGAAGCUCGUUUUUCACCUGGUUUAUGGUAAUUGCUUUGCUGGGAGUUUGGACGUCAGUAGCAGUUGUCUGGUUUGAACUUGUAGAUUAUGAAGAAGUUCUAGCCAAAGCAAAGGAUUUCCGUUAUAACUUGUCAGAGGUCCUACAAGGCAAGCUUGGGAUAUAUGAUGCUGAUGGAGAUGGAGAUUUUGAUGUGGAAGAUGCUAAAGUAUUGCUAGGCCUGACCAAAGAUGGCAGUAAUGAAAAUAUUGAUUCCCUUGAGGAAGUCCUUAAUAUUUUAGCAGAGGAAAGCUCUGAUUGGUUUUAUGGCUUUCUCUCAUUUCUCUAUGAUGUAUUGACUCCUUUUGAAAUACUAGAAGAAGAAGAGAGCGAAGCUGCAGAUGAUGUUGAUGGCCUUAAAGAAAGAUCUGUCCCAGCACAGCCAACAUCACCAGAAUCUGAGGAGACCAUCCAGCCUGCUGAGAAGUCAUAUGUCGAAUCAGAGCACAAGAAUGCUGAUGUAGAAUUGGAAGAGGAAAUUCAGUCUGUUCUUCAGGAAGCUCUCCAUUCCCAGCCUGGAGGGAGACAUGAAGAUGUAGAUGAAAGUGUAAAUGACCAGUGGCAAGUGAAGGAAGAAAUACAUGGAGAAACUUUUGAAACUCCUACAACAGAUGACUUGCUCAGAGAAUUAGAGAAUGAAAUGCCAGAAGCAUAUGAGACACCAGACUCCGUUCAGAAAGAUGCUGAUCUUUUGGCAGAUGAUCUUCAAGCAAUGGAGCCUGAACCAUAUGAAGCUCCAGUUUCAUAUGAACAUGAUAUGGAUGUGGAAAAGACAGUAAGUGAUCCAGAAGCUCCAGGUGAUUCUGACCUAAUGCUAGAAGAUGCUACGGAACAUUACACAGAGGAUAGAGUGCAUGGUGAUUAUAAUGAAGACCAUGAACCAAAACAUGAAAAGAAGACUGAGACUCAAGAUACAGCUGUUGAGGACCUUCUGGAGGAGGUGAAUGAAGCCACAGAGCCAGAAAGUAAGCAUACAGAAGAUGUUGUGUCCACUGAACCAGAGGAAUCAGAAAUGCCUGUUCAAGCUGAGGAUUAUUCAAAUGAUGAUCUAGUGGGGAAAAGUGAAAAAGAAACUGAACAAGACAAAACAGAAAAAGCUAAAAAGAAGAAGAAACCAAAGCUCUUAAACAAGUUUGAUAAGACCAUUAAAGCUGAACUAGAUGCUGCAGAAAAACUACGUAAAAAAGGAAAAGUUGAAGAAGCUCUAAGGGCCUUUGAAGCAUUAGUGAAUCAAUAUCCACAGAGUCCUCGAGCAAGAUACGGGAAAGCACAGUCUGAAGAUGACUUAGCUGAGAAAAUGAGAAGUAAUGAGAUGCUGCAAAAAGCUAUCAACACCUAUGAUGAGGUGGUUAGUCUGCCAAAUGUCCCUUCAGAUCUGAUAAAACUGAGCUUGAAACGAGAAGCAGACAGGCAACAGUUUCUUGGUCGCAUGAGGGGUUCCCUGGUUACUCUACAGAAGUUAGUUCAUCUGUUUCCCAGUGAUACUUCAUUCAAGAAUGACCUUGGUGUUGGUUACCUCUUGAUAGGAGAUAACAGCAAUGCCAAGAAAGUAUAUGAAGAGGUUCUAAGCCUGGCUCCAAAUGAUGGCUUUGCCAAAGUACAUUAUGGCUUCAUCCUGAAGGCAGAAAACAAGAUAGCAGAGAGCAUACCCUAUCUAAAGGAAGGACUAGAGUCUGGUGACCCUGGCACAAAUGAUGGACGCUUUUAUUUUCAUCUGGGUGAUGCCUUGCAGAGAAUGGGAGACAAAGAGGCAUACAAGUGGUAUGAACUUGGAUACCAAAGAGGUCACUUUGCAUCAGUUUGGCAACGCUCCCUCUACAAUGUCAAGGGACUGAAAGCUCAACCUUGGUGGACAGCAAGGGAAACUGGUUAUACGGAACUGGUGAAGUCCUUAGAAAAAAAUUGGAAGCUCAUUCGGGAUGAGGGGCUUGCUGUGAUGGAUAAAAAAAGAAGCCUCUUCCUGCCUGAAGAUGAGAAUCUACGAGAAAAAGGAGACUGGAGCCAGUUUACCUUAUGGCAACAAGGAAGAAAAAAUGAGAAUGCUUGUAAAAGUGUUCCAAAAACAUGUGCUUUAUUGGAAAGAUUCCCGGAAGCUACUGGCUGCAGAAGAGGGCAGAUCAAAUAUUCUAUCAUGCACCCAGGGACUCACGUCUGGCCCCACACAGGGCCCACCAAUUGUCGGCUAAGGAUGCAUUUGGGGUUGGUGAUACCUAAGGAAGGCUGCAGAAUUCGGUGUGCCCAAGAGAACAGAACCUGGGAAGAAGGGAAAGUUCUUAUUUUUGAUGACUCUUUCGAACAUGAAGUAUGGCAGGAUGCUGAAAAUUAUCGCCUGAUAUUCAUUGUGGAUGUGUGGCACCCUGAGUUAACAGCACAACAGAGACGCACCCUUCCUGCUAUUUAAGGGGUUCCUUCUGCUGAGCGGAGCAGAGGAGCUUUAACCCCUUUGGAGUACACAAAUAGGAUUAAUUUAUCCAGCAUACUAAGAAUACAAGUGUUGUAAGAUUUAGAAGAGAUCAGGACAGCAUUCUGCAAUCACAGAGGACUGGAUAUAAAAAAAGGAAAAAAAGAAGAAGAAGAAAAAAAAAAAGCCAUGUUUUGUUUCAUACUGAUACAGCACUGAUAUGUAUUGUUUUUCCAGCUGCAAGUUUGAAAAUACAAAUCUUGUCAGCCAAAGAGCAAUAGGUCUGGAUUUUCAAACUGAGGAAUGUGCAGAUGGUUUUGCCAUGCCUAUAUUAUGCGUACAACAUCAGUCAGUCAGUCACCUGCCCGACCAUGUUCAGGCACAAGAUGUGCGAUUCUACAUCUGGGAAAUACUUCCCAGGCUUUUAUCUGGGAAGUAACAUGCAAGGUAUUUACAAACAUAUGCACACAGCCAACUUUGAAAAUCAGUAUGCAGUUGUAAUGUUAGCUGCUUUAGGCAUAGAACAUGUCCCUAUGUUAUCCACUGUAGAUAAUGUGAAUGGGUUCUAUGUGUUUUGUAUUUUUUUCUACCUGAGUAACUGUAUUUUUCUAGCAUAAUUAUGAACAAAUCUUCUUUAAUCAACCACUAUUUUUUAAAAAACAUUAUCUAUAUAAGUGCAUCUCUAGCUAUCAGCAGAAGGAAAACACUAUAGAUGAACAGAUUUCAUUUUUGCCAAGUGUGGCCUUCUCUUGCCUUCCUGGAAAUGCAAACAGAAACUUGCAUAAUCAGCUGCUUAGUGAAGCUUUGUUCUUCUAAAACAAAAUAGUUUCUUAGUUAGCAGGCAACCUUCAGUUUGAUGAUGUGAUUUUGGAAGAUGUUGAGCAAAUGUGACAUCUGUAGGCUCUGAUCUUAAAGUGCUUGACAGUUCUUAGGAUUGUAUGGUGAACUGCUGUUUCUCCUAUCAUUACAAAAGCUUGUGUUGUGAUACUCGUUUUCUACCCAGCAAGGGUCUGGGGCACCUCCUUCCAGGGGCUCCUUCUAGGCUGCCCUUGGGUGGUCAUUCAGCAGAAAAAAAUAUAUGAAGAAUUUCUUGUGCUUUGGGCAGAAGGACAAGGUCUAACUUGGUUUCCUGCCAGAAAGCAGAGCAGACAGAGAGCUUCAGGUUAUUAACGUGUGUUAACUUCUGCUGCCAGCAUCCUACAGAGUGCUAGAAUGAUCCUUUAAUUGACCUAAUGGUGUUUUCCUUGUCUUGAAAUGUAUGACAUAAUGCUGAGGUAGUCUCAUCCCAGUACUGUUUACAGUAUGCUCUGUAUUUGCCAUGCAGAAUUUACUAUAUGGUAAAAAGGCCUAUUUUUAAGAAAGAAAACUGGUUGGAUGUUUAAGCAGUUGGCUGGUCUUUUGGGUCUGUACUGUUUAAUGGGAAAUGGAGGGUGCAGGACCCUCCACCUGUUAACUAAUAAGAACACUAACAGGAAAUAGAGACCUGAGGUUGCACUGUUGAUGUUUAUGGCUGGCUGUUAUCUACUUGCCCGCAAAACCAGCUGGGUGUGGAUAGGUGUGCUAGGAUGCUCAGGGCUUGUCAAGGGCAGUGGCAUCAUUACCAAGGGCUGUGAGAGACAAACACUAAGCAAGGAGAGACUGAGGUUACUUAAUCUCCACAGCUUUGGCUUUGUUGUCCAAAAGACACUGAACAGUCAUCUUAUUUGUUUAACGCUCAGUGGUUUUGUACUACAGAGACUACAACACGGUACCUAAGUAUCAUGACCAGAAUCCCACAUUUGCUGAAGCAAAAUACAGAUAAGAGCUUUGCAUUCCCAUAAACUGAAUGCUUUUCAGAUUUUGUAUUUUACUAGGUAAUUAAAUCUUGUAAUGCCAUGUAACACAUGGUGAUUGCACCAUAAAUUAGUGUAACCAGUUUCUGGAGGUGUGCACUUUAAUUUCCUUUUUGACUGUUAAACUGAUAAACCCUCUCUGAUCAAGAGUCAGUUUUAGACAGCUAUGAUAAUUAGCCUUUAAUGUGUUGUCUGUAUCAAAAAUAACACUGAGACUAUACAUAAUAUACAAGAAAGUAACAGUUCUCAAUUAAUCAUCAUGAAAACUGAAAAGAUUUUUAAGUUUCACGCUUAAGAAAAUAUAAGCUUUAGGAGAAUCAUGCAAAACUGGAAAUAAGGUACUUGUUAUUGGGGGGGUCAUAGUAAGAAUUUUUUUAAAUCUCUUGGUGGUGUUUAGUCAGAAGCUAUAAUUUCUAUCUUUGUAAAGUGAUCGAGCAGUACAAAUUAUAAACUAUUUUGUAAUUCUCUAAAAUAAAGACAUAGUUUGUAAUGAAGGAAUCAAGAACUGUUUAAACCAAAAUUUGUGGUUUAAGUGUAUUUUUAUUAAUGUUGCAUUUUAGUUUCUAUAGCUCAGAGUAAAUACUAAAGGAGUGGUAAAAGCUUUGGAGCUUUAUUUAUGAAAAUCCAUGCCAUUCUUCAGAUUGUUUCAUUGUUCCUUUGAAGGCUCAUACUUUAUCUUUUCUGAUUGCGAUUGGCAAAUAGAUAAAAGUAAUCUACCCAAGAUGUGUGUAUGCGCUGGAGUAGCACUGUUUAUUAAAUUGUGUGGUCAUAUAUUGGCCAGUUAAAAUCUUAAGUGCCUUGAAUAUGGCAAGGUGUAUUAUAAAUAGCUCCUGCAACACUGGAGUGAAUCUACUCUAUGCCUACCUGUCAAGGAGCUGAGAACAUAUCUUUUUUUUUUAGGUACAGCUACUGGAUUAGCUAUAUACAUGGGGAGGAUAUAUAUAGCAAACCACAGAAAUUAUGCAGUGAAUAAGUGGUAUAUUAUUUUUGGUGUUCCUGUUUGCCAGCUGGUAUUUCAUCUUGAAAAAGCUUUUCAACAUUGGAAAUGCCAAUGGAAGAAUUGAAUGGAAAUAUUUUUUAAAUGGAGAACCAUUGCAAUUUAAUUUUCUUUUUCUUUAGACUUAUUUACAGAGGGAAAUGACAAAAAAGGACAAUUUACUCUCCUUUUUGUAAGGCAGUACGUACUCAUCAUGAUGUUAGGAGGUGGAUUCCUCCCUGCCUGUAGUUACCUUGCUUGCAAGCACAGAGUCUGUAUAAGAUCCUACAGUUAAAUACAGGCAUCAUACAGUUAUAUACAAGGCAUCAUAUGUAUUUAUUCAUGUCACAGCUAAAGAAAAUAAAUAAUUCUAAUCCUCUGCGAGGUUUAAUCCUCAAGGACUAGAUUUAAGUGAUAGUUGCACUUCUUGGGCAGAACAAGUCCUACUUGAAUGAACAGUGAUUGUAACAGGUCAUCACAAAGAUUCAAUGGCAGUGGAGGUAAGUGUAUUAACAGAGAAAAAUCGUAAACCAAAGUAUUUCUUCAUUAAUGCUGCAAUAUAAUAGCCAAUGUCUGUCUUUUUCUGUCUGUUUGAUUUUUCACUUUCUGCUUUAAGUAAGUUCUCUGUGACAAACCCAAAUGCCUGUGAGUCUUCGUGAGCCCAGGGAAGGGAAGGGAGCGGUGUCCUGUUACCAGGAGUUGCCAUCCUCGUUUUCUGUAAUAGGUGGUAAUGCCAGGGGAGGGGGAAUGGAAGAAAUCCCAAAGAUAAAUGGGUUUAGUUGUCUUAUUAGUUUAAUGUUCCUGCAAGCUUCUGUUUCUUUUUCCGACUCCUGUGUUGCCUUGCUGGGACCAUCCACUGCCUUAAAGACUUGCUGUCUUUCAUGGAGGCCAGGCUUUGUAUCAAUGACAUGCUGCUGCAGAAGAAGGUUAGUCUGAAUGAGGCUAUUCUGUACAAAUAGUAGCAGAUAAAUCCCAGGUGUGUUGAUAGGAUCUGGCAGGAUGUACUUUCUGCCCUGUGCAGGCAUGAAAAGUUGUUGUAGAUAAAGGCAGUAGUUUGUUAGUCUACCUGUUAGGGCUGACCAUGUCCAGUUGAACUAUAUCAUCGCUUCAGUGUAUCACUUAUGAAUUCAGUGGAUGUUCCAGAGGCACAUUACAAAGUCUUGUGCCCAUUAUCAUCUCAUUUUAUAUAUAUGAUUUACACUGCUACCUUUGAUAUGUUGUUGCCAACCGCUUGUUCUAGUAAAUUGUCAAUGUAUGGCAAUUUAAUUGAAGACUAAAGGUGUGUACAGUGGUUGUAACCAGUUUAGGAAAUAAAGUCGCUGCACAUGCAAUCUGAUAA